AUGACUAUGUGUGGCAGUGAGAAGAACUCUCUUCCUCUUCUAUGGGGUCAUCGCCUUCUGAACCAAGCUCUGAGUCUAGUGAGAACUCACCAAGCUUUGCUCACACGGUCUAGAGCUUGGUCGCUGCCAUGCCAGUGUGAGAACAUGGCGUUCUUGGUGGCGGCGUUGAGCUUUGACUGUGCGCUGAAGUGUGCGAUAUGUGUGGAUGGGGAGUGA